GGGAAACCGCCCAACGCGAUGAAGGGCAGAGGUCGCGGCCGCGCGAAGCCGUCCUUUGCCCCUCCUCCGCCGCCGCCGGACCACCGCCAGUUCGGCGGCGGUGGCCGCGACUCCGACGCCAGCUUCGCCAGCAGCCGCCCCUCCUCCGCCGGCGUCGGCCGAUCCUCCGCCGCCGCCGACCUCCUCAACGACCGGUCCUACCAGCAGACCGCCGUCCGCGCCGUCAACUGCUUCCUCUCCGCCCGCGCCUUCCCGGUGCUCAUCAAGACCGCCCUCCCCUCCGCCAAGGACAUCACCGCCAUCUUCAACUUCGUGAUCUCGCAGCUCGACUACCCCAACCCUAAGAUGGAGGAGGACCUCCCCGUCCUGCUCAAAUCGCUCAACUGCCCGUUCAAAGUCACCAAGUCGGCGCUCCGCACGCCGGCCACUCCCCACGCCUGGCCGACCUUCGUCGCCGUCUUGCACUGGCUCGUCCAGAUCGCGUCCUACAACGACCACUUAGCUUCCAAGUCUCGCUCGUUUGGGGAAAACAACACGAUGGACGAGUACGCGCUCCAGAGCUACCUGCAUUUCAUCGGUGGAGACGACGAUGCUGUUGGAUGCGUUGGAUAGGGAGUUUGUGGAAAGUUGGAGCAGGAGAGGAAUAAUCUGGCGGAGAAUGUGAAGAACUUGGAGAAGAAUGCGGCGGAAGUCGAGGCCAGAGUGGAGAAGCUGAGGACGGGGCCGUCGGAGAGGGAACUGCGCGAGCAGGAGAAGAGCGUGCUGGAGGAGGAUGUGAAGAAGUUCAAUACGAUAAUAGGGGAGAUCACGGGGAGGAUCCCAGCAUUGGAGAAGGAAUUGGAGAAGAAGAAGGAGGAGUUGAGGGCCAAGGAGGAGGAGGAGGGGAGGAUUCGUGAGGAGAACGAGGAAUUGAAGAAGACGGUCCAGCUGCAGACGUUCAACUCGAGGGAUGCGGAGAGGAUGAAGAAGGAGUUGCAGGCGGUGGAGGGGGAGAUCGCUGAUGCUGAAAUCGAGAGGAACAAGUACGAGGAGAAGUGCUGGGAUCUUGACAGGGCCCUCGCACUCAAAUUCAAGGAGCUGGAGGAACUCGCCAAGGAAUGCAACAAGGCUGUCCGGAAGUUGAAGCUAGGUUCAGAUUACCAGUAUGUGUUGAAUGCAAAAGGGUCUACACCUGCUGAGGUGAUGGGCAUCGACUACAAGUCGACGCUAAAGCCGGCACUCGACUCGCAUGCCAAUGACAUAAACAAAAGCUCGGUGGAGAAACUUGAAGAGUUAAUCAUCCUUCAGCAGCAGUCCAAAGAAACUGCUGCUAGGAUUGAGGAGAAGAGAAAUCGUAUUGUGCAACUUCAUUCCCGUGUUGAUGAUCUUGAAGGUCAAAUCAAUCUACUGAAGCAAGAAAUGCAAGACUAUAUUCAUAGAUGUGCACUGGAGGUGCAAAGGAUGGUGGAGGAUGUUGAAGUAGAAACUCAGAACUUGAACAUUGUGGAAAGAGAAGCUGCAGAGGUCCUGAAGACAUCUAAAAUAAAGCAGCAGGAAGCCAUUAGGGAAAGUGAAGAAGAAAUCCAGAAGUGCGCUUUUGAGCUCUUUUCACUGGUUGAUAUGGUGUCAAAGCACAAAGAGUACAUGGAAAGCAAAAUCUCCGAGAUGAAGACCAGUCUCUCAGAGACUGCCAAUGCCAUCUCAGCAGAGUACAGAGCCUCCUUGCCUCCUUGCCUGGACAAAUGAGCUCGAUGAUUUGAAGCAUGUUUAUUGUCAAAAACAGAGAGCCAUUUAAUAGCAUUGUAAAUUCUCGAUUUCUCAUUCUUUUUUGUUUUCUGAUGUUUUAUUGCUUGCUUCUCUCCUCACUGGUCUCUCUGUGAUCUGGUACACAACUGCGUCAUUAUGUACAUGCCAUAGUGUUCUUGAACAAGCAGAAGUGUCUUCUCUUGUUUGAUGGCCAGUGUCCUCUUGCACUGGCUUGAAAAUGAAUUUGUCAAUCCAGUCGAACUUUGGAGGGUUGUUUUUA